GCGGCGAGGCCGAGCACCGAGCGGGUGAUGGGCCGUGGGGCGGGGGUUUAAAGGACCGGGACCUGGAGCGGUGGCUGGACAGGCUUUAGGAUGCCAGGGCCAUCUGGGCUUGGGCUGCCCACCUGAUCUUCACCAUCUCUGUCCCUCCCACACACCAUGUUGCGCUCCUGGCGUGUGAAGCUGAAGCUGCUGGUUGCCACAGUGACCCUGGCUGUCCUUCUCUCCUGGCUCUACCUCUUCAUGGGCAGCCUCGAAUAUGGCCGCUUCCUCCUGCUGCAGCCCUGCCUGGGCGAGCAGCCGAGCCGGGACAUGGAGCGGGAGGCGCUGGCAUCGCAGGUGCAGAGGAUGGAGGAGGAGAACCAGCAGCUCCGCCGGCAGCUGGGACAGGCACAGGGGGGGCGCAGCAAUGGCAGCUUGCAGUGGGGGGCCUCUGCCGAGGAUGGGGACCCCCCCAGGGGACAAAGGAACAACCGCACGGCCUGCCCCAAGCAGCAGAUGGUUCACAAGUGUGAGCUCCUGCACGUCGCAAUUGUGUGUGCCGGGCACAACGCCAGCCGGGAUGUGGUCACCCUGGUGAAAUCCAUCCUCUUCCACAGGAAGAACCCCCUCCACUUUCACUUCAUCACAGACUUGGUGGCCCACCAGAUCCUCCAGAUGCUUUUCCAGUCCUGGAUGGUGCCCUCUGUCCACGUCAGCUUCUACAAUGCUGAAGACUUGAAGCCAGAGGUGUCGUGGAUCCCCAACAAGCACUACUCUGGCAUCUACGGGCUGAUGAAGCUGACGCUUACCAAGGCACUGCCCUCCAACCUUUCCAAGGUCAUCGUCUUGGACACCGACAUCACCUUUGCCACUGACAUUGCUGAGCUCUGGGCUGUCUUUGGGAAGUUUUCUGACAAGCAGGUGAUUGGGUUGGUGGAGAACCAAAGCGAUUGGUAUUUGGGCAACCUGUGGAAAAACCACAAACCAUGGCCGGCCCUGGGACGUGGCUUCAACACAGGGGUGAUCCUGCUCCUGCUCGACCGCCUGCGUCGACUGGGCUGGGAGCAGAUGUGGCGGCUGACAGCUGAGCAGGAGCUGAUGAACAUGCUCUCCACCUCCCUGGCAGAUCAGGACAUCUUUAAUGUGGUGAUCAAGCAUGACCCAGCCCUGGUGUACCGGCUCCCCUGCUUCUGGAACGUACAGCUCUCUGAUCACACCCGCUCGGAGCAGUGCUACACUGAAGUCUCAGAUCUGAAGGUGAUCCACUGGAACUCUCCCAAGAAGCUGCAUGUCAAGAACAAGCAUGUGGAGUUCUUCCGUAAUCUAUACCUGACUUUCCUGGAGUACGAUGGGAACUUGCUACGCAGGGAGCUCUUUGGCUGUGCCAGUCUUCCCAGUCCUCCCAGCAACCAGCUGCAGCAGGCACUGGAGGAGCUGGAUGAGGAUGAUCCCUGUUACGAUUUCCGCCGGCAGCACCUCACACAGCACCGCAUCCACCUGUUCUUCGUGCAGUACGAGUUUAUGGCCUUUCCCAACCCAACAGAUGUCACCCUCGUGGCCCAGCUCUCCAUGGACAGGUUACAGAUGUUGGAGGCUAUUUGCAGACACUGGGCAGGCCCCAUCAGCCUGGCACUGUACAUGUCAGACGCGGAGGCUCAGCAGUUCCUGCGCUACGCCCAGGCCUCAGAGGUGCUGAGCGCCCGCCGCAACGUUGCCUACCACGUCGUCUACAAGGAGGGGCAGUUCUACCCCAUCAACCUCCUGCGCAACGUGGCCUUGGCCAACACGCAGACACCCUAUGUCUUUCUGACAGACAUUGACUUCCUGCCUAUGUACGGCCUCUAUGAUUACCUCAGGAACUCCAUCCAGCAGCUGGAGCUGCCCCAGAGGAAGGCAGCUCUCAUCGUGCCAGCCUUUGAGACUCUGCACUACCGCUUGACCUUCCCUAAGUCCAAAGCAGAGCUGCUCUCCAUGCUGGACAUGGGCUCCCUCUACACCUUCAGGUACCACGUGUGGCCAAAAGGCCAUGCACCAACUGAUUACGCCAAGUGGCGGACGGCCACCGUGCCGUACCGCGUGGCGUGGCAGCCGGACUUCGAGCCUUACGUUGUAGUGAGGCGAGACUGCCCCAAGUAUGACCAGAGGUUUGUGGGCUUUGGAUGGAACAAGGUGUCCCACAUCAUGGAGCUGGACGCACAGGAAUAUGAACUGCUGGUCCUGCCCAAUGCCUUCAUGAUCCACAUGCCCCAUGCCCCCAGCUUCGACAUCUCCAAGUUUCGACUGAGCGCAGGGUACCGGGGCUGCCUGCAGACACUGAGGGAGGAGUUCCACCAGGACCUGUCCCGGCGGUAUGGGGCUGCUGCCCUCAAAUACCUCACCGCCGAGAGAAGCCUGUGAUGCCCCAGGGACAGUGGGUGCAGGGUGCUAGCAGCACGCUGGAGAGGGGAGUGCAGGGCCCCACUCGUGCCCUGGGCCCACCACUGCAGCCUGGUCUGAAGGAGCUGAGGUGGCAGCACAGUUUCUCUAGUCCAGCAAUGGGAUGCCCAUAGAUUAGAUGGAAGAUACCAGCUGCAAGAACAGGUGGUGCCUGCAGGGUCAGUCUGCUGCAGUGUGGCCAAGGGGUCUUUUGGAGCAGCAGCCCUCCUGUGUUACAGGAGAACCUCCCCAUGCCAGGGGCCAGGUGGACAAGUAUCAUCUGUCCCCUGUUUUAGCAGAUGUGGAUUCUUAGCCUUCCUUGGCUCGCUUCAGCCUGAGUCCUGGCUCCUGGAGAAGCCUGGGAGCAUUACUUUACCCUGCUCUGCCUCUUCUCUGUGGUUCCAUGUCCCAGUCUUCUGCAUACCCCGCUUUGGUGAGUGGGAGACAAGAUUGUAGAGAAACCUUUUGCAUCCAUUGUGUAGCCAGGUUCAGAGACAGGGAGCUGGGGCCAUGGACUUCCAGUAGCCCUAACCAAGGCUAGGUGGUUAACAGGGCAAAAUACUGUUACCAUCCAUAUAGAUGCAGAGUCUCCAAGGAGGCUGGUGCAGUACUGGUGGUGUGGGAGUCACCUAGAGGAUGACAGGCUGUCUGCUGUCCCCAGCAGUGUUCUUCCAGACCAGACCUAUGCUUCCCAGCUGGAAGCAGCCAUGCCAGUGGCAGGCACAGUCCUGAGUGCCCCAUGGGGCAGGGCUGCCAACCAUGCCAGGCACCCACUGCAAGGAGCAAUACAGCAGCUUCGUGGGCCAGCAUAUGCUUGGAGAAAUUCCUGUUUAGGGACCACCCUGCUCCUCCCCAACUCAUGGCAGAGCAGAGAUUGCCAUUGGCAAUCAGUGACAUGGUUGACACUGGACAAGGCUGUAGCUGAGCAGUUUGGCUGGAUCCCUGUGCCAGGAGCAGCUUGGCUUGGCACUGUUCCAUGGCUGUCACACACUGGAGCACAGAGGAUGCAUUGCUUUCCUCACACUACUUAAAUUAUUUACUAGUUUUCUCAUAAGAAUGAUUAUUAGGAUGUCUUGGGGGCUUUUUGGUUUGGGGUUUUUUUUGUUGGGGUUUUUGUUUUGUUUUUUUAACCCUUUCUUCCUCCCAGAUGAUUUUGCUGGUGGCCCUGGAGGGUCUCCAGGACAGCUGCUGCAGUCUCUGCUGUUCUCUCCUUAGUGUUACUCUGGGCUGCUGAGCCAGCUCUGUGCAGGGGUGAAGAUUUCCGUCCAUGGUGGGAGCAAGCAUGGGGUAUGGAAAGGACACAAGCGCCUCUUGCUAAUUCUGUCUUUUUAAUUUAAUUUUUAAAUUAAAGCUUUUUUAUUCUUUUUCA